AAAGAAAAUGAGCUUGAGAAACUAAGAAGAGAAGAAGAAAGUGCUAAGAAUCUUGUUCGAAACCUGCGUCAUAAAGUAGAAGAAGCCAGAAGUUCUUUAGCAAUGAGUUGCAAUCGAGGAAGAGUGCUUGAGGCUCUGCUUCAGCAGAAGAAAAGUGGAAAUAUUCCUGGACUAUAUGGAAGAUUGGGAGACUUGGGAGCUAUUGAUGAGAAAUAUGAUGUUGCUAUUUCAUCAUCUUGUGGUGCCUUAGACAACAUUGUAGUUGAUACAAUUGAUACUGCACAGGCAUGUGUGAAUUUCUUGAAGGCAAAAGGAAUUGGAGUUGCCACGUUUAUAGCCCUGGACAAAAUGGCUGUGUGGGAAAAAAGUCUUCAGAAAAUCCCCACUCCAGAAAAUGUUCCUCGGUUGUUUGAUCUGGUGAAAGCAAACGAUGAGAAGUUUUGCCUGGCUUUCUACUUCGCAUUACGUGAUACUUUAGUAGCUAAUAACUUGGAAGAAGCUUCCAGAAUAGCAUUUCAAAAAGAGAAAAGAUGGAGGGUGGUAACGCUUCAAGGACAAAUCAUUGAACAAUCAGGAACUAUGACUGGUGGUGGGGGUAAAGUAAUGAAGGGUAGAAUGGGUUCUUCAGUUGUAAUGGAUGUUUCAGAAGAAGAGGUCAAUAAAAUGGAAUGUCAACUGCAGAAGGAGUCUAAAAGAGCAGUACAGUGUGAAGAAGAGAAAUUACAACUUGAAGAAGCCAUAAGCAAACUGCAACGAGAUGUUCGGGAAAUGAAAAAUAAUUUAGAAAAGUACUCAGCAAGUAUCAAGAAUUUACCUGAACAAGAAAUUCAUCUGAAAACCCACAUUAAGGAACUUGAAGCCAAUGUAAUUGCUACUGCUCCGGACAAAACCAAACAGAAUGAAUUGGAAAAAGUCCUUAAUGGAUAUAAAAAAGAUUAUGACUGUGCUGCUGAGAAAGCUGGUGAAAUAGAAAGUGAAGUUAAACGAUUACAUAACCUCAUAAUUGAUACCAAUAAUCAGAAACUUAAACCGCAUCAAGACAAAGUUAACAAGAUCAACAAAGAAAUAGACGAAUGUUUUUCAACUAUUACUAAAGCCCAGGUGGCAAUCAAGACUGCGAAUAGAAAUGUGAAAAAAUCCCAAGAUGCUCUUCUUCACAUGGAGAAGGAAUUGGAAGACAAUGAGAAAGAAAUCAAAGACUUAAUAAAAGAACUGACUGAACUGGAAGCCAAAGCUGCUGAGGUUAUGAAUGACUGCAGGCAAGCUGAAGAAGCAUUGCCAGGAGUUCAACAGGAGCAUCACAAUUUACUCCAGGAGAUAAAAACCAUUCAGGAUGAGGAACAUGCACUUCAAAAGGAAGCUCUUAAUAUUAAGCUGAAAAUGGAACAAAUUGACAGUCAUAUUUCUGCACACCAGUCAAAGAUGAAAUACUGGCAAAAAGAGAUGUCAAAAUUAUCACUGCAUCCCAUAGAAGAUAAACAACCUGAAGAACUUCCAGUACUAAGUCAAGAAGAGCUGGAGGCUCUCAAGGAUCCCAAUGUUAUCACUAAUCAAAUAGCUCUCCUGGAAGCCCAGUGUAAGGAAAUGAAACCCAACCUUGGUGCUAUUGCAGAAUACAAGAAGAAGGAAGAGCUGUACUUGAAACAUGUGGCUGAACUGGAUGACGUUACCAAUGAGAGAGACAACUUCAGACAAGCUUUUGAAGAUCUCCGGAAACAAAGGCUAAAUGAGUUUAUGGCAGGAUUUAAUGUAAUAACAAAUAAACUAAAGGAGAACUACCAGAUGCUUACACUGGGAGGGGAUGCUGAGUUAGAACUUGUGGACAGUCUGGAUCCCUUCUCCGAGGGAAUCAUGUUUAGCGUUCGGCCUCCCAAGAAAAGUUGGAAGAAGAUAUUUAACUUAUCAGGAGGCGAGAAGACCCUUAGUUCACUGGCUCUAGUUUUUGCUCUCCAUCAUUACAAGCCAACGCCACUUUAUUUUAUGGAUGAAAUUGAUGCAGCACUUGACUUCAAAAAUGUGUCUAUUGUAGCAUUUUACAUAUAUGAGCAAACCAAAAAUGCACAGUUCAUCGUCAUCUCCCUGCGGAACAACAUGUUUGAGAUCGCAGACAGGUUAAUUGGAAUUUAUAAGACUCACAAUACGACAAAAAGCGUGGCAACAAACCCCAAAGUUAUUGCAGCUAAAGGACUGGAUGAACUCAAGGCUAUUGGGUGCGGAAUAGCUCAACCAUAG